AUGAAAUUCAUCAUCUUCCUCGCUCUCGCCUCAGCGACCCUCAACUCAACGCCUCCCAUUGAGGAUCGUCACGGUCCGGAUCCCCUCCAGUCCAACCGUCCGAAUUAUUAUGGAGUAGAAACGUAUUACCAUUCACCUGAUGUUAGUGCCGCAAACCGUCGUGACUACAGAGCAGCUGGUGAUGACAACCUGAAAGUGCUCCUGGAAAAGUUACAAAUGGUGGCUCGUGUCGCCAACGGAAUCUCCCUCCAACAAGAGCUCUCAACUCCCGGCUCCAUCACCACUGACAAGUUGAUCUCCGAACUUCUUCGAUUUGGCACCACCACCCCUUCCCAAAUCAUUUCAAUCAAUAAGACAACGCUACAAACUACAAUGCAAACGUUGAAGGAGCUGCCGGCUGGAUUGGUGGCUACACCGAAUGUGACGGCGGUGGAGAAGGCGUUGAAGACGAUUGACGGGAUGUUGGAGGAUACGGAAGGGAUUGGGAAUUUGACGAUGGAAAGAAGAGGGAAGGAGGAUUUUGAGGAGUUGGUGAAGAGUUUGGCUGGAAAUACAGUAUCCAUUCCGGAUGUUGAGGAUGCGAAAUUGGGGUGGGCAUACCAUGAUCUGAUUGUUAGCAAAACAAAACCCAUAACGGACAACAAUGCGAAGACAUAUUUCGGUUUGAUAAAAUCUGCCUUGACUGCAACCAAGUCAGCUGGCUCUCAACUAAAAGACGUCAGCUCUUUCUGGACGGCAACAAAAUUCAAAACCUCCCUGGAAUCCCUCGAUCCUACCUUUAAAGCUCUCGCAGAAGCCAAAAAGUACCAAGCCCCGAUAACCCAACUUACCCAGACACCGCCAGACCAAUGGACUGUCUACUCCACCUUCCUAACCGACACUCUCUCCAAGGUCGCCACCCUCAACCGCACUCAUUUCGAUAUCGGAGUCAUCAAGACCCUUCUGGCAGCUCACGAGGACGUCAACAGCCGAAAUCGGAUUCUGGAGCACACCACUGGAUUUCCGGGCGGCACGACAGAUGUGUCGAUGAUGUUUGUGGAUCUGAAUGACGCGUGGAUGAAGAAAGUGGUUGGGACAGAUAGACUGAGUGCUGCAUUGGAACGAUUGAGGGAUUUGGAUGUGUUGGCGAAGAAGGUGAUGGAGGUGUUGAGAGGGAAUCGGUUCGUGGAAGAUAUGGCUCCGUUGUAUACACUCAUCGAUUCGUUCAACAAGUUGAUGGAAGGGAGUAAUGAGACAUUAAAAGGCAUCACGUCUGCUCAAAGAUGUAUCCUUCCCCCUCCAGUCAACACUGCCGUGGUCACCGAUAUCGAACAACUCCUGAAAACUAUUGACACCCAAUUCCAACAAAUCGAUGAAGACUUGAAAGAGCUGAAAUCUGCUGUGAAUGCCGGAGAGCUCCAAAAGAUGUGCGAUGAGGUUCUGGUGUUUUGUGAUGAAUCCGCGAAUGGGGAACACCAGAAGGCUGUUGCAAAUUUCAAGGCCUAUCAAAAGUUGGAAGACUUGAAGGCUGCAGUCUCUGAUGUCUUCAAUGCCACGGAUAAAAUCGACGUAGCACAAAAAGCGAUUAAACAAGGAGCCGAGGAAGUGCAGAAAAAGUUGCUCGACUUGGGAACCUUCUACAAUGGAACCAACAACAUUGCCACCUAUGUCAAGUGUCUGAAAGAGAACAAAAAUCUGAAAGCUGUGCAGGAUACCAUAUUGAAAGUCGAGGAGCUUCGGAAACUCGAUCCGUCUGUGCUGGCUAAAGUGGAUGGAGGUCUGGAAGUCGUGAUGAAGGUAGUUGGCACGUCGGAUGACUUGAAGAAGCUGAUGACAGGGAUCGAUGCGAUGCGUGAGGUCUCGAAUCCCGAGAAUGAUUUGUUGAGGAAUGUUACGGUGGUGUCGAAUCACUCGAUGGUGAUUGGAUGGGCGGUACAAGGGAUAUCGAAUAUGAGGAAUGUUCUAGAGAAGAAGUCGGAGGUCGAAUCGAUUGUUAAGGAUCUGGAUGUGAUAAGUAGCUACAAGACUAACUUGACGGAGGCGGACGAUGUGGAAAGUGUGAAGGCGUUGGAGACGAUUGGCACCGCGAUCCCAGCUAUGUUCUCUUCUCUGGACUCUUUUAAGUCGACACUAUCCAUCCCCACUGGCUCGAAACUUUCCGAUCAAUUUGAGAUAUUUGAGAAAGCCAGGACGAUUCCCGGUGUCCACACAGAAACGAAGAUGUUGGCUACUCUGGAGAAGAUGAAGACGUUAGCGUCAAAACCGGAGGACCAGCAGAAAAUAGGAGAGUUGGAGGUUGAUGUCCGGAAGAUUGAAUCGAUGGGAAUUGACUUUGCAAGUUAUCACAAGAGUUUCGCCGCGGCGAAGGAUUCGUUGGAGGCGUUGGAUGAGUUUUUUGUGGAAUUCGUGCAAGGACUUGAGGCAGUGAUGACAGGGACGGAGGAGGUGAAAAAGACUGACUACACCAAGUACUAUCUGCUCGCAGCCUUCAUCGCCGUCGUCCUCCUCCUAUCCAUUGUGAUCUUCCACUACAUUUGGUACAAAUUCUGGUUCUACUCGUUCUACAUGUUCUACUACAAAUACUUCAAACAUCCCGACUGGGAACAUCCAGACGUCGAAUAUUUGAAUAAGUACUGUGAGAAUUUGAACAAGGAGAUCGAGGAAGUGCACGCGGCGAAACUGAAAGACGCCGAGACGUUUACAAAGAAUCAAGCGUUCUGUCUUCAUUUCGAGCAAAUGUUUGAGUACCAGAAUAAAGUGACGAAACCGGAUGUUGUGACACUGGAACCCGAGGAUUGCGUCUGUCUGACUAAAGAUCAUAAACCCGAUGUCUGCAAGGCGACAAUGCCAAAGCUGAAAUACGAAAAAGAUCGAUUCAAAGAUUCUUUGAUCAACGCGAAUCUUGUCGAACUCAUCCCACCAUACCGUAACCGUCUCUAUCUAUCACAAGUGCCAACUCAAGCUGGACUCGCCAAGUUUUGGUGGACGGUACGACAGAUGAAGUGUAAGACACUGUUCGUAUUCAAUAAACUGGAUGGACAAGAAUAUUACCCGUUUUACCCAACUCGUUCAACUCCUGAAGUAGAGACCAAAGAUCUUUUGGUGAAAUAUGUGGAUAGUGUUAGAAACCCCAACGGCAUACAAGUCAGCGUACGGUUUGGAAAACAAAAACCGUUCAAUGUCACAAUUGUUGAGGACUAUAUGCGUUUCGAUUUCGGGAAAGGAUGGCGCGAACCAUCAGAAAUCGCAGACAAUAUGCGGACUUUGCUGAAACAAAAGUAUCCGGUGAUGAUAACAUGUUAUACUGGUUAUGUGCAGAGUGGAAAUUUGGCGUACGCCGCUCGAAUGAUCACACAAAUCAUGAAAUUGGGUGAAGUGAAAGACCAGUUGUUCUUUGAUGUGUUCAGGGACCUCCGUGCCAGCCGUAAUCAUUGUAUCACUAGUCCAUUCGAAUACGCGUGUGCCGCGAUGGUUGUGUUGGAGCAUUUCAAAUCGACUAAAGGCACACCUACGAAGAAGACCGAAGAGAUUUGCAGUUUUCUGAAGAGUGCUUUUGAUGAAUGGGCUCGGGCGCUAGAUUCUCCUGAUACCCCUGCCCCACCAGACCCGCCUCCUCCUGGCCCACCAGACCAGCCUCCUAAUGACGAUCCCCAACAACCAAAACCAGAAGUGAAGGGAACUGACCAAGUGAAUGGCGGUACUACCCCGGGUACACCUGAUGAUUCUACUGGGACAACAUCCGGUACCGCCGGUACGUCUACCCCAUCUCAAUCUCAUGAAAGCGCUGACCCACCACCACAACCACCUACCGGAACGACGACGACUGAGAAGGCAACUAAGAAAGAAACUAAGAAACCGCCCAAGGAACCGCCUAAGGAUGAUGAGCCGCACGGAAAUAAUGAUGAUCAACCUCCACCACCACCACCACCAUCUGGAGACACAGAAACAACACCGAAGCCGACUGAACAACCAAAGCGUACGACCCCAGCUGUUUCAACUGGUAGUUCUACUGAUGGGACAGCCGCCGAUGGUACCACCACUCCUGCACCAUCUGAUACUCCUGAAAACAACGAGACUGGAUUGGAUAUUGCUCCACCUCCUGCACCUGCACCACCUGAUGACACACCGAAGACGGACAACCCGGAGGAGGGUGAGGAGACAAAGGAACCUGUCACGAAAGAUGAUACGAUGGUGAAGCCACCAGUAGUCGCGGACGAGGAGAAGAGUAAGAAGAACUUGAAGAAGCUGAAGAAGCAGGCUUCAAUUAUGAUAGUAGACAGAGAAGGCAUGAUAGUAGACAGAGAAGGAGUGCUAGGGCAAGCACGAUUACAAGUUGAAAGAGGAGAACUUACACCGUCCGAUUUCGAAAAACUCACAGAAUAUAUCGACGGUCUAAUUGAAGAGCAUAAAAAAGCGAAAAGAGUUCCUACGUUGUUGGAAGGCAACGCCACUACCAGAUUUCCAAAAUCCACGUCGAAAUCUGGAUCGAAGCUCAACUCGAAGGAUAAAUCGAAGAGCAAAUCGAGGGGAAAAUCGAAGGGCAAGUCGAAAGACAAAUGUAAGAGCACGUCGAAGGGAAAGAGGCGUAGACGUAGAUCGAGUGGUAGCUCGACGUCUGGAAGCAAAGGGGGCAAGAAGAAGAAGAAGCCGACGCAGCAGUCGACGACUCAACAAGCACCGGCACCUAUCGCGGUAUAG